AUGGACGCCCUCCCUGUAGAAGAAAAUACUCAACCCCCCUACGCCAGCACUAAAUUCGUCACCGACGAAGACGAUGGAUCCCGGAUCCCUGUGAUGCAUGCCUGCGGGCAUGAUAGCCAUGUUACGUGUCUCCGAGCGACGGUGACGCUACUACAUGCCGCGCGCGAAUAUUGGCGCGGGACGCUGAUUGUCGUGUUUCAGCCUUCUGAGGAACUUCUCACUGGGGCAAAAGCGAUGCUGGAAGAUGGGUUUUAUGAGAAAGUACAGGUAAAGCCGGAUAUAGUUCUCGCGCAACAUGUCAUGCGUAUGCGCGCGGGAACGAUAAAUCUCCAAUCGGGGCCGUUAUUAACAGCGGCGGAAGCAUUUGAUAUCCGGAUUUUCGGACGGGAAGGACACGGGUCUGCGCCACAGACGACUAUUGAUCUGAUUUUGAUCGGGGCGGCUGUUGUUAUGCGGUUACAGGGGAUUGUUUCGAGGGAGGUUGUCCCCGGAGAAGUUGCGGUUGUUUCGUGUGGGAGUAUUCGGGCGGGUACUUCGGCGAAUGUAAUUCCUGAUUAUUUGGAUUUGCAGGUAAGUGUGCGGACUUUUGAGGAGGAGGUUAGGGAGAAGGUUUGUGCUGCAAUUGUGAGGAUUGUUGAGGGGGAGUGUAUUGCUGGUAGUAAGGUGGAGAAACCGAGGAUUAACGGGACGGUUUCGGCGCCGGCGACUGUUAAUGAUGAAGGGAGUGUUGAGAGGUUGAGGGGAGUGUUUGAGGGGGUAUUUUGGGGAGAGAUCGGUGGAGAUGGAGAGGCCUAG